AUGAGUUCUUCAUCAAAAACCUUGAUCAAAACCCUGAUUGAGAAUCCAGCUCGCAUCAGAUCCAAAUACCAAGCGAAGCAGCUUCACGCACAGUUGAUCAGAACCCAUUCUCUCUCACACACAUCCGCUUCCAUCGUAAUCUCAAUCUACACAAACCUCAAACUCCUGCACGAAGCCUUGCUUCUCUUCCGCACACUCGAGUCUCCUCCGGUGCUCGCAUGGAAGUCGGUCAUCAGAUGCUUCACGGACCAGUCGCUCUUCUCUCGCGCAUUGACUUCGUUCGUCGAAAUGCGAGCUUCUGGGAGAUGCCCAGAUCACAACGUUUUCCCUUCCGUGCUGAAAUCGUGUACGAUGAUGGCGGAUUUGAGGUUGGGUGAGUCUGUUCAUGGCUGUAUCGUUAGGCUUGGCAUGGAUUGCGAUCUCUAUACUGGAAAUGCGCUCAUGAAUAUGUAUGCUAAGCUUCUGGGUAUGGAUUCAAAGUUUAGUGUAGAUAAAGUGUUCGAUGAAAUGCCUCAAAGAAAGUCUUUUUCUGAAGAAGACGGUAAAAGUUCACAUUUUGACACUAGUUCCGUUGACCCUGUUAUGAGCUGUAGCGAAGUUAUAGAGGCUGAAACUGUAAUUGCUGCAAGUAAUUUGCCUUUAGGAAUAGAUAGUGUGAGGAAAGUGUUUGAAUUGAUGCCUAGAAAAGAUGUGGUUUCGUGGAAUACUAUCGUUGCAGGGUAUGCACAGAGUGGAAUGUAUGAAGAUGCGUUGAGAAUGGUUAGGGAGAUGGGAAGUAAUGAGUUAAGCCCUGAUGCUUUCACCUUGUCUAGUGUUCUUCCGAUAUUUUCAGGGUAUGUUGAUGUUAACAAGGGGAAAGAGAUUCAUGGGUAUGUGAUUAGGAAAAGGAUUGAUGCUGAUGUUUAUAUUGGGAGUAGCUUGGUUGAUAUGUAUGCGAAGAGUGCUCGGAUUGAAGACUCGGAGAGAGUGUUUUCUCACUUGUCUCGUAGGGAUAGUAUCUCGUGGAACUCGCUUGUUGCCGGGUAUGUACAGAACGGUAGGUACAACGAGGCUCUGAAGCUAUUCAGGGAGAUGGUGAGCGCAAAGGUUAGGCCAGGUCCUGUGGCGUUCUCGAGUGUGUUGCCUGCUUGUGCUCAUUUAGCCACUUUGCAUUUAGGAAAACAGCUUCACGGAUAUGUGUUGAGAGGUGGUUGUAGCGAUAACAUGUUCAUAGCUAGUGCGCUUGUGGAUAUGUACUCGAAGUGUGGGAAUAUUAAGGCUGCUAGGAAGAUUUUUGAUAGGAUGAAUGUACAUGACGAAGUUUCAUGGACUGCUAUUAUCAUGGGGCAUGCGUUACAUGGUCAUGGUGAUGAAGCGGUUUCUUUGUUUGAGGAGAUGAAACUGCAAGGAGUGAGACCGAAUCGUGUGGCGUUUGUUGCUGUGCUAACUGCGUGUAGUCACGUUGGAUUGGUGGAUGAGGCUUGGGGCUAUUUCAACAGCAUGAGUGAAGUUUACGGUUUGGAGCAUGAGCUAGAGCAUUACGCAGCUGUGGCGGAUUUGCUGGGACGUGCAGGGAAGCUGGAGGAAGCGUUCGAUUUCGUUUCGAACAUGCGUGUUGUUGAGCCAAUGGGUAGUGUCUGGUCUACGUUACUGUCUUCUUGCAGCGUUCACAAGAACCUUGAGCUUGCUGAGAAGGUAGCGGAGAAGCUAUUCGCUGUUGAUUCUGAGAACAUGGGAGCUUAUGUUCUGAUGUGCAACAUGUACGCAGCUAAUGGGAGAUGGAAAGAGAUGGCGAAGCUUAGAUUGAGGAUGAAGAAGAGAGGGAUGAGGAAAAAGCCAGCUUGUAGUUGGAUUGAAGUGAAGAGCAAGACUCAUGGGUUUGUUUCGGGUGAUAGAUCGCAUCCGAGUAUGGAGAGGAUCAACGAGUUUCUCAAAGCUGUGUUGGAACAGAUGGAGAGAGAAGGGUAUGUUGCAGACACGAGCGGUGUGCUUCACGAUGUUGAUGAGGAGCAUAAGAGAGAGCUUUUGUAUGGACAUAGUGAGAGAUUGGCUGUUGCGUUUGGUAUCAUUAACACUGAAGCUGGCACGACGAUUAGGGUGACUAAGAACAUAAGGAUAUGCAGGGAUUGUCAUGUGGCGAUCAAGUUUAUUUCGAAGAUCACUGAGAGAGAGAUUAUUGUUAGGGAUAAUAGUAGAUUCCACCAUUUCAACAAUGGAAGCUGUUCUUGUGGAGACUAUUGGUGA